AUGAGUUUCCAUCUAGAUAAUGAUUAUAUUGAUGAAAUAUCUUUAAAAAAUAGGAAGAGACAUAGAAAAGUUGAAAAAACUCAAAAUAAUGAAAUAAACGUAACAAGUAGUUCUAUAAAUGGUAAUAUUAACAGUAAUGAGACCUUAGUUGAAAAUUUAAUUCCAGUUAUAUCUAAUGAAAUUAAAAUAAAUGAAGAUAAUUUAAAUACAUUUAAGUCUCAUCAAAUAGAAAAUCCAAAUAAAAUACAUAAAUUAAAAAUUCCAGAUUGCUCAAUAUGUCGUGAAUAUUUAACACAUAAUCUUACUGUAAUAACUGUAUGUGGUCAUAUUUUUCAUAAAAUAUGUAUAGAAAAGUGGUUUACUAGAUGUACUUCAGAUAAUCAUAAUAAUAAUGUUUUAUCUAGAUUAACAGAUUUAAAUCGUAAUCAUCAUUUAGAACAGACUUGCCCACUUUGUAGGGUUCCUUGUUCUAUAUUAACUUUAUGUGAUAUUGUAAAUUUAACAAUUGAUAAUAUACUUGUUGAUAAUAAUGAAGAUAAUAAUCUAAUAUUAGAUAUUGAAAAUAAAAAUUUAAAUCAUCAUAAUUCUUUAAAUUAUAAAUCAACUAAUAUAUGUUUAAAUAUAAAUUGUCAUCUCAAAAUUCAAGAUUUAAAUAAUGAAUAUAAACAAAUUAAAGAAGAAUUUUCUAAUACUUUAAAAAAUUUGGAAAAAUUAAAUAAAAAAAAUUUAUUAUUAAAUGAUUCAUUAGAAUCUUUAGAAAGAAAUAAUUUAAUUUUAAGAGAUGAUUUAGCAAGAGUAACUCAUGAAUUAGCUGAAAUUAAUCAAAAAUAUAUGGAUAUGAAUAAAGAAUUUACUCAAUUACAAGCUCAAAAUACUUUAGUAUCAUUUCUAAAUGAUACAAAAAAUUUUAAUGAUGAAGAUCAAAUUGAUUCUACUGAUGGUAUUUAUCAGUUAUCUUUAUUAAUUGGAUUUAAUCCAUUUGAACAAGAGGAUAUUAAAUAUAUAUGUAAUUCUUCUAAUAAUAAAAAUAUUAAUUCUGAUAUGCUUACAUCUCUUAAAGUUGUUUCUCAAGCAUUUAUUAAAUUAAAAAAUCAUUAUGAUACAUUACGUUUUAAGUAUGGAGAAAUAAAGAGUAAAUUUUAUCAAUUAAAAGAAUCUAAUAAAUUUUGUAAACAACAAUAUAAUAAAUUACAAUUAGAGAUUUCUUCUUUAAAAAGAAGGAAUAAUGAAUGUUUAACAGGGAAUUUAUGGGAUAAUAAUAAGAAAGAUAUAUUAUCCAAUAACUUUAAUAAUAAUAAUGAAAUUAAUCAAGAAUAUUUUGAUGAAUUAUCUUUAGAUUGCAUAUCCCAAGAAGUAGAUCGGAUAAAUAAGGAAACUAUUAUAAAUAAUAUUAUAAAUAAAGAAAAUAAGAAAUUAGAAAUUCCAAAAAAAAACUCUACAGAUAUAAUAAAUAGAGUAAAAGUAUUAGAUAGAGAUAAUAGGAGAGUUAAUAUAUCAUCAGAUACAAAUGAAUCUCCUAAUAUUGGGACAUACAUGUAUAGGAAGAAUGUAAUAAAACGUCCAAUAUCUAAGAAUGUACAGUCACUAUCAACUUUUUUUUUAAAUAAGACAAAAUAG